AUGGAGCCUGAUGAAACCCCAAAGUCCAACCAGACGCUGGUGACAGAGUUCCUGCUACAGGGGUUCUCAGAGCACCCCCAGCUGCGUCUGCCCCUGCUCGGCUGCUUCCUGGCGCUCUACACUGUGGCUGUCUUGGGCAAUGCUCUCAUCAUCACUGUCGUGGGCUGCAGUGCCAGCCUCCACAGCCCCAUGUACUUCUUCCUGUCCAACCUGGCCACCAUGGACAUCAUCUGCACCUCCACCAUCCUGCCCAAGGUGCUGGCGGGCCUGGCCACGCAGGAAAACACCAUCUCCUACUCAGGCUGCAUGUUCCAGCUCUUCUUCCUCGUGUGGUCUGCAUCUUCAGAGUUGCUGCUGCUCGCGGUCAUGGCCUUCGACCGCUACGUGGCCAUCUGCCGUCCACUGCACUAUGCCACCAUCAUGAGCCCACGGGUGUGUGUGGCAAUGGCCAUGGGUGUCUGGGGCAUUUGUGCUGUGAAUUCUUCUGUCCACACUGGCCUGAUGGCAAGACUGACCUUCUGUGGCCCCAAGAUCAUCACGCAUUUCUUCUGUGAGAUCCCACCACUGCUGCUGCUCUCCUGCAGCCCCACGCGAGUGAACAGCAUCAUGACGGUCGUGGCUGACGCCUUCUAUGGCUUCAUCAACUUCCUGCUCACGCUGGCCUCCUACGGUCGCAUCGUGGCCAGCAUCCUGCGUAUCCGCUCGGCCGAGGGCAAGCGCCGCGCCUUCUCCACCUGCUCCUCACACCUCAUUGUGGUCUGUGUGUACUACACAGCUGUGUUCUAUGCCUACAUCAGCCCAGCCUCCAGCUACAGCCCUGAGAGGAGCAAAGUGGCUGGAGUGCUGUAUACUGCACUGAGCCCCACCCUGAACCCGCUCAUCUACACGCUGCGGAAUGCUGAGGUCCAACGAGCCCUGGCCAAGCUUCUGCCCUUCUGCCGAAGGUGA